AUACCUAUACAUGCCCACUCGUACACAUUCGCAUUCGCACCCAUUCCCAUACAUACGCGAGUGUUCAGCGUAGUGCGCGCGCUCACACAUAGACCCAUAGUAAAUAGUACACACACACACGUUUACAGACGAGCAAAUUGGCUUUUKAGCAGCUUACGUCUUGUGCGCUGCGAGCUUUUCGUCAUACUACCUUUACAAACGUUGAUUUGCCCACAGGGCGCUGUGGAUAUUAUGUCAUCCGACAAUGCUGUCGGCGGUGGCCAGUCAAACCCAGAGAUGGUCAGGGGACAAAUAUUUGACGUUGGUCCGAGGUACACCAAUCUGUCUUACAUCGGCGAGGGAGCUUACGGAAUGGUCGUAUCAGCGUUUGACAAUGAGACAAAUUGCAAAGUAGCCAUAAAAAAAAUCUCACCAUUUGAGCAUCAAACAUAUUGUCAACGGACAUUGCGAGAAAUUAAAAUAUUAACUAGAUUUAAACAUGAAAAUAUAAUUGAUAUAAGAAAUAUCUUACGAGCGGAAACUAUUGAACAAAUGAAAGACGUAUAUAUUGUUCAAUGCUUGAUGGAGACUGAUUUGUAUAAGCUUUUAAAAACUCAGAGACUGAGCAAUGAUCACAUUUGUUAUUUCCUUUAUCAAAUUCUCCGAGGGCUUAAAUAUAUACAUUCAGCAAAUGUCCUCCACCGUGAUCUCAAACCUAGUAAUCUGCUUCUCAACACAACGUGUGAUCUCAAAAUAUGUGAUUUUGGUCUUGCAAGAGUUGCAGAUCCUGAUCAUGAUCAUACUGGAUUUCUUACAGAAUAUGUGGCCACAAGGUGGUACCGUGCUCCUGAAAUUAUGUUGAAUUCUAAAGGAUACACUAAAUCAAUUGAUAUGUGGUCAGUUGGUUGUAUUUUAGCUGAAAUGCUUUCCAACAGACCAAUAUUUCCUGGUAAACAUUACUUAGACCAGUUAAAUCAUAUAUUAGGAAUACUUGGUUCACCAACUGCAGUCGAUUUGUUGUGUAUUAUAAAUGAUAAAGCUCGGAGUUACUUACAAUCCUUACCUUUCAAACCAAAAAUUGCAUUUUCAAAACUUUACCCAACAGCUGACCCAAAAGCUUUGGACUUGCUUGAUAAAAUGCUGACAUUCAACCCUCAUAAUAGAAUCACAGUCGAAGAAGCUCUGGCACAUCCGUAUCUUGAACAGUAUUAUGACCCUGCUGAUGAGCCUGUUGCAGAAGAACCAUUUAGAUUCGCGACAGAGUUAGAUGAUCUACCAAGAGAAACAUUAAAACAAAUGAUCUUUGCUGAAACUGUGAAUUUCAAACAAAAUGUGUAGGAAAAGUACGGAUACUAUAUGUUUUUAAUUCCUUACAAUGUUUAAACUUUUAUUCUUCUAAAUUUUGAACUUUUAUUGCAUUUCAAUGUUUGAUACAUUUCUCGCUUCUUUACAGUUCUUUACAAUAUAAUAUAAUCCUACCCUUAAGUUUAAAAUAUUCAUCUUAGUAUUAAGUACGACUUAUUAUGUAGUUAA